CAUAAUUUUAUCAUAAGAAAGUUAUUGGUUAUUGGCGGUAAAAUUGUCUUGCAAAAUGGACAAAAUCCGGGUGCUUUUUAUCCUGCCUGCGAAUUGCAAAGACCAGAGUGAGGCCUCGGACAUCAUGCUUCAAGCCUACGAGUCUUGCAAACAAAACGUGGUAAACGUGUCUUGGGUGGAAGAAGCGAAUUUUAGCACAAUUGAUUUUUCCAAAACCGAUUUUGUGGUUUUCCAAGACUUUGAAGGCAAAAAUUUUGAGUCCCUCAAAGAGAGCAAGUGUGCCAGAAUUUUGGGACCUUGGUGUCUCUUAGUUUGUUUGAUGGAUGGUCGCCCCAUCCCAAACUACACAUGGCCCAUUUACAACGUCGCAAUGGCAGGCUGCGUCGUUUCGUGCUCGCACAUCCCCAAAGCGAGAAAACUCGAAAUUAAGGAAAAAGUCCAACUAAUGGGGGGCUGUUGCACCGACCAGUUAAUGUCAACUAACACACAUUUAAUUACAGAGAGCGUCAAGUCUGAGAAGUAUUUGCAAGCAGCUGAGCGGGGCUUGAAAUUGAUGGUUUCGCAGUGGGUGGAAGCCGUUUGGGAGGAAAGUCAAACGAAUAACAUACAUUGCGACGACGAAAAGUUCAAAAAAUACCGCUGUUUGCCGUUUCACAAUCUCAUAAUUUGCUCAACCGGCUUUCCCAACACUGAAAUGAGGGCAGAAGCGGCCCAAAACGUUGCCAAAAACGGUGGUAUUUUCACGGCGUCUCUGACCGUCGCAAAGACUGAUGUUUUAAUCGUAUAUGGGGUCGGUGGUGUUUUGAGCAAAAAAUACAAGGCAGCAAGGGCACACUCUAACAUUUAUUGCGUGAGCAUUGAUUGGUUGAAUGAUAGUAUAGAAAAGGGCUACGCCCUGCCCCACGCUUUAUACACGGUUAAAAAGGGCACUUCAACGCCCACUAAAGAGGACGAGACUUGCCCCGAUUUUUCAAUAAUCAGUGCCAUAGGGGAGAGCAAUACUACGAAACAUACAAUGCUCGAAGAAACUGUGAUGGCGAAAAAAGUACAACCGUCAUUUCUUACAACAAAUCGGAUUUCGCAAAAUAAAAGAAAAUGCGCGGGUAACGAGGAAAUGGGGAGAAUUAUUGACGGACUUGAUAUCAAAAAGGCCAAAAUGGCAGGACAGUAUUUGGACGGGUGCAGUGUCUACUUGGCCGGCUUCAAGCCGGAUCAGAGAGAAAAGCUCGCAAAAAUCCUAAAUCUGAGCGGUGCCACGAGAUACGACGACAUCUCCGACCGCCUCACUCACAUAAUCGUCGGCGACACGUCUUGUCCCGAAGUGAAAAUAGUGCGAGCAAAAAAUUACUCAGUCUCGCUUGUCUCCAUCCACUGGCUUUUGACCAGUAUGGAGCAACAGCAAGCCGCAGAUGAGGAAAAUUACCUAAUUAAUUUACACGAUUCUGAUCGCGAGCAAUUCAGUUCGCCACUUGGACGAAAAGGCCUCACUUUACUCAGAUCUAGCAAAACGCUCACUUCGAACGAUCUGGAAGCUGCAAAUGUGUCGGCGACCAGUCCGUGUGACGCGGAACUGGAAAGCGAUGCUUUAAUGAAGCAGUAUCGCAAAACGGUGACAAACGAUGAUACUGAUUCUUUAAUGCGGUUGAUCAAAGACGACAGUAAAUUUAAUUUGGACGCUUUGGAAGGACGCAAUUCAGACGUGUCGAGUCAAAAUUCGGAUCAAACGAAUCAAGACACGAAUGUUUUCAUUGGCAAAAAAUUCCUUCUGGUGAAUUUCCCAGUUGAUGAGUCGCAAUUUCUGAAGGAACAGAUUGAGGGCGCCCUUGGCACAAUCAUGCCAAAGACGUACAAAGGCAUUCCGGAUUACGUUGUCGCCCCAAAUUUUAUCAAAACCCCGAUACAAACCUCCGCACUUGAAACAGUCAACAGUAUAUGGGUGUGCGAGUCGAUUCACGAAAGUGACGAGGUUCCCAUAGCCUACUACCACCGCCCCUUUGUCAUUUGCGACUCCGCACCUCUCGAAAAUUGCGUCGUCACAAUCAGUGGUUACUCAUCCUUUGAGCGAAAUUUCCUGAAAGAGUUGAUCGAAGCCCUGGGCGGGACGUCCCAAGAACAGUUUGCCAGAGUCCUCUGUGUUGAAAAAAACCUCCAAGCUUCGACCCACUUGGUCAGUUUCGAAGCAGACGGCAAAAAAUACGCAGCCGCUGUGAAAUGGGGGCUGCCAGUGGUCACAAAAAACUGGCUGUUUGAGUGCGCCAAAAGCGGGAAACGCGUACCAGAAGACGAGUUUUUGGUCGGCGAAGCCAAAGCACCCACUAGGCCUGUCCUGACUUCAAGCAAACAAUUUACGCCUAUUUCCAUGUCAGGUGGCCGCAAAAUGACACCCUUGAGCCAAAUUCAACCGUUAGAUAUUAGCACGUCUGAAAAAACCCCAACAAACCCCCGUGUUUUUAACGGAGUUGUCGAGACGCCAGAUCCGUGCAGUCAAGUGACUCCGAUCAACAAAUUAAUGGAGGAAGUUCGCAAAACUAAUCUUUUAGGGACUCCGCAAACACCACCGAUGCCGAAGACUUGGUAUGAUGUUGAUACGCCCGAAAGUCCGUUCGGUGCGUUUAUUCGACCGCACUUGUCGCCGAAAUCGAAAAAAGAGUUGAUGCGUUACAUCAAUCGCAUACCGGAUUUUGUGCCGCCGCCCCAGGAACGAAAAUCGACUCCGUUAUCUGAAGUCAAGCGGCGUUGUUGGAGAAAAUUGUUAGGGCAACAGGGACAGGACAGCCCAAUUUCUAGCAAGGUGCAAGAUGAGGCUUGUGCUAGUCGAGCAGAAUGCGAAAUAAAUGAUGAAAAUAGUGGCGAUGAUGUGAAGAAUUCGUCUCAAGCUGAGAGUGUCACUGAUAACACUUCUGAGGCCAACACUCAAAAUUUGUUUGUAAACACGAAACUUAGGGAAAUUGAGGACAUGGUGCGGACAAUUAACGACAACCGGAGAAAAAGUCGCCCGUUUCAGUCAGAAGUGCCGGCGGAAGUUGGUAGCUCGGCAGUUAAAGACUCGCAACCGUUCACAGUCGGCUGGGAUUAUAACGAAGAACCACCGAUUCAACAAGUCCGCAUUUUCAUGAUCUCGGGCAUGAGUAACGAGGAGCGACAGGCAAUUGUCACAAAAAUCGAGGCUCUUGGGGGCCAAGUGUCCGACUUGAAUUCAUUCGACCCGAAGUGCACUCACUUGAUUUGCCCCAAGCCGGCGCGGAACGAAAAAACCCUCUCCUGUAUGGCGUCGGGAAAAUGGAUACUUCACGCUUCAUACGUGGACAAGUGUGCCUCAGCGGGAAAAUUCCUCCCGGAGGAGGAGUUCGAGUUUGGCAAUCCCAAGGCCAGGGACAAUAUUAAAGUUUUCGAUAAAGAAAACGAGUUUAAGAUGCAGUCGGUGCACUGGUGGCGGCGCGAAAUCAAGAGGAGAGGGUACGGCGCAUUUCACGAUAUGCGAGCCAUUGUUGUUGCCCAGAAGAAAGAGCCGAUAGUUAGGGUGAUUGAGGCGGGCGGGGGGCAGGUGCUGGAUGUGGCGCCUCCGUUUAAGGAGAACGUUCACGCCACUCACUGCCUUUUGGAAAUUAAAAGUGUCCCCGAUUUUAGUGCUUAUCUGCCGUUGGCCCAGCAAGGGAUUUUGUGUCUGAACACGCUGUAUAUUAGUGAUUUUUUAUAUAGGACCAAUAAGGAUGUUAAGGACGCGAUUAUUCCACAUUUUACCAAGUUCUACACGUGACCUGUUGUGUUGUGUUCAGAUAAUUAAUAAAUAAAUGUGUUCUUUCGUUUUAUUUUGUAUAUUCGUCGAUCUUUUUUUAUAAAUACAUGAUUAAUUUGCAAA